AUGAUAAUGGACUCAAUGUCCGGCGGUGGCUGGGUGUUGUUGCAGAAUGUUCAUCUCUCAUUGCCGUUCUGUUCGGAGGUCAUUGAUAUGCUGGUGGAGACGGAACACAUCGACGAUACGUUCCGCAUGUGGGUGACCACUGAACCACAUGCAGAUUUUCCAAUAGGCUUACUCCAAAUGGCCAUUAAAUUCACCAAUGAGCCGCCGCAGGGCAUACGCGCCAGUCUAAAGCGCAGCUACCAGGCUUUCACGCAAGACUUCCUCGACUACACCGCCGCGUCGCAAUGGCCACCACUGCUGUACACAGUGGCAUUUCUGCACACCAUCGUGCAGGAGCGUAGGAAGUUCGGGCCGCUGGGUUGGAACAUACCGUAUGAGUUUAAUCAGGCGGACUUUGCGGCGAGCGUGCAAUUCAUACAGAAUCACUUGGAUGAAAUGGAUCCGAAGAAGGGAGUCUCAUGGCAGACGCUGGUCUACAUGAUUGGAGAGGUGCAGUACGGCGGUCGCGUGACUGAUGAUUUUGAUAAGAGACUGCUGACCACAUUCACGGCGGUGUGGUUUUGUGAGGGACUCUUGAGCAACUCAUUCGAAUUCCACAAGGGAUACAAAGUGCCGAAUACGAAGAGUUUGCAAGGCUUUGUCGACUACAUAAACAGUUUGCCAGCUUAUGACACGCCAGAAGUUUUCGGCUUGCAUUCCAAUGCUGACAUCACGUAUCAAAUUAAUUCGGCUAAAGGUAUUUUGGACACUAUAUUGAGCGUACAACCGAAGGAGGGUGGUGGUGGUGGUGGAGAGUCACGCGAAAGCAUCGUCUAUCAGCUGGCGGACGACAUGCUGCGCAAGCUUCCGUCACAGUAUAAUGCUUACGAGGUGCGUGAGAACCUGAUGCGCAUGGGAAUUCUCCUGCCGAUGAACAUCUUUCUCAGGCAAGAGAUUGAUCGCAUGCAGAAAGUGAUUAAGAAGGUGUACACAUGCUUGUGCGACUUGAAAUUGGCAAUUGAUGGCACCAUUGUGAUGAGUCCAGCAUUGAAGGAGUCCUUGGAUGCCAUGUAUGAUGCACGCAUACCGGAGUCGUGGAUGAAG